AUGUCUCCCUUUGGCAUCAAGUCUCUCUUCGUUGGCCUCUUGGCCACCAAUGCAGUCCAAGGUGCUGUCUGCAACACCACUACGCCACUGAGGGUAGAAGCCGCCAAAAAGGACAUCCUCAUCGGCUCCGGGGCGAUCAACCCAUCCUACCUCGACGACCCUCAGUUCGCGGCCACCCUAGCCACGCAGUUCAACAGCCUGUCGCCCGAGAAUGAGAUGAAAUGGAACUUUAUCAACCCAACUAUUGGAAACUACAACUGGCCGCUCCUCGACUGCCUUGUCGACUUUGCCGAAGCGAACGACAUGGUGGUCAAAGGCCACGGCCUGAUCUCAAGCUGCUGCAAUCCAGAUUACGUCACGGAAAUCACCGAUCCGGAUGCCCUCCGCGCGGCCAUGAUGGAGCAUUUUGAAGCCCUCAUGCACCGCUAUCGUGGAAAGAUAGACCGCUGGGACGUCGUCACUGAAGGCAUGAUGACAAUGGGCGGCGGUCUCAAUCCGGAAGUCCACUUUUUCAAGGUCCUCGGAGCUGGCUACAUGGCCGAAGCCUUCCGUAUCGCCCACGCCGCCGACCCGAACGCCAAGCUCUUCAUCAACGAGAAUCUGGUCGAGACGAUCCCCACCAAGCGCCAGGAGCUCUACGAGAUCGUCUCCGGCCUCGUGGCAGACGGCGUGCCCAUUCACGGCGUCGCGCUGCAGAUGCACCUUACCGAGGUUGGUCCUGAGCCGGGCGUGAUUCGGGACAUGGUCGACUCGUACGCGAGCCUCGGGCUUGAGGUUACGGUUGCCGAGAUGGACGUCCACUCACUCAACACCACCCUCGUGACGGAGAUUUACGGGUCGGUCGUGGAGGAAAUCCUGGAGUCGGGCAUUACCGAUCUCAGCUUCUGGGGCUUCACGGAUAAGCAUGCCUUCACGUGGGUCGAGGGCGCGAAGCCGUUGAUGUUCGACGAGGAGUACAAGCCCAAGGGGGCUUUCUUCGCCACGCACGCCGCUCUGGCCGACUUCGUCAACAAGCCGUGA